GUUCUCCAACAUCACACGUGUCUCCUUGCUGGCGGAGACACUAACGCAGCAAUUCUGAGAUCAUCUCAACUCCAACUCUUUGGGCUAUUCCGCUGCUUGGCUGUGUUCAACCCGAGUUCAGAAACGAGGUUGGAUCUGACAGCGAUGUAAACUGCGAUGAUUCAAGAGCGACAUACGAGACGUUAUUGAGGAGAUGGUGUAUCGUGGGAAGCCUUCAAAGUCAUGUGGCGAAUGUAGGAAGAGGAGAACUAAGUGCGACCAAUCUGCACCUGCUUGUGGGCAGUGUGUCAAGGCCAAAAGGGUAUGCCCCGGUUACCGGAAUACCGUUGAUCUUAUGUUCUUCGACGAAAGCUGCAAUGUCACCAAGAAACAUAGAUCUAGAACUCCCACUUGUAAGGACUCGGUAUUAGGAAAUCUCUUUCAUGCCGAGAAUUACAAUUCUGUAGCUCAACAUAGAACUGCGGUUCGCCUUACGGACGUUGUUUUCUACCAACCACUUAAUGAGCUGGGGGUCAAUUUCUUUAUGUCGAACUAUGUUGGAACAGAUGCGAUGCAGUCACAAUUUGACUAUCUACCGGAAUUUUAUCUCCGCAACGGCUAUUCCUAUCCCCAUAUUCGGGACAGUAUCAGAGCUGUUGGCUUGGCUGGGUAUGCGAGGCUCAUGCGUCAACCAGGCUUGGAUCAACCCGCCGCCCAAAAAUAUGUUGCCGCUAUUCGAGAGGUGAAUCUUGCUUUAUCAAGGCCGGACACUGCAGGAAACGAUGCCACCCUUUUGUCUGUGAUGUUGUUGGGUAUGUACGAGGUGCUGAUCCGCCCACGAGAACAAGGACUCGAAAAUCUUACCAAACAUCUGAAUGGUGCCAUAUCCAUCGCCAACCUAGGCGACAAACAGCGAUGGAAAACAGACCUGAGGGGAAGGCUAUUGGGGACACUGAACCAAAAUGUCAUCAUGAACUGCUGGAUUCAAAACCUCGCCGUACCAGCCGAUUUCUUGCGCCUUAAGGACCAGAUGCGCGAAAUGUCAGAUCAGCAUCCUGACCCACAUUCCAAUUUUCUCGAUUUAAUCUUGGAGCUCCUCAACUUUCGGUAUUUCCUGGAGAAUAGGAUUUUCGAGUCUCCAGCUGCAACGAUUGCUGAGGCUAUCGUUUUGGACAACAAGCUGCUGAACUUCGUGGAGAACAUGCCAGAAAAUGGACGCUUCAGGGUAAUCCUAAGUUCCGGUGAAGACGACCUGGUAUUUAAAGGAUACUACCACGCGUACGCUCGAAACUUCACAGCACACCUCUGGAACAACGUUCGGUCAUCCCGUAUUAGGCUCCACAAUGUAGUCCUUGUUCAGUGUCGUCUCCUGCAGAAUUCGGCUUCGCAAGUUGAUAUUAGCUCGCUUGAUGCUUGCGUAAAGGUUUCAGAGGCUGUGAUCAAGCAAGUAGCAAGAGAGAUUUGCGCAACUGUGCCGCAAUUAGCAGGAUACAUGGUCCAGCUUCAAUCUUACAAGCUACCCCAAUUUUGUCAGCACUACUCCAAAGAAGAAGAUGGCAAGGGUUUGACCAACGCCCUCUACAACAACAGAGUAACAUCAACUUCCGUCCCUCCUGGCAAUCACUUUGCGGUUAAAUCAACGCCUCUUCCCUCUGUUCAUGAGCCUCCGGCUGAUCGUUUACCACAAGCUGUUCCUUCCCUCCCGAUUCCGAAGCCACAGAGCUUGUACCACAUUCUUUAUCAACUCCAUGCACUCUCGUCGAUUGAUUUUCUACCACCGGACAUGCUGGCCUGGAUAAACGGGCGCAUUGCGUGGGUAGAAGGGAUCGCGACUCCAGAUAACCUGGCGCUGCUUAAAACGAUGCUGAAAAGCAGAUUUACUGAAUCUGAGGUUCGGGGUCAGAUUAGGGCAGAGCAAACAUCGCACUUUGAAGUCUUGUGGCUGGGGGGGAUAUCACCGGAAUAA